AUGACAACCUCGAUUCCUGUAACGAAUCCUGAAGUGACCUGUCCUUCACAGUCCUUUCGCAUCUCCAACACAUCAAGAACUUGUUCUGUCAUCAAAAUCGAUGCCCGAUUGGAUCAUACGAUUGGACAAUACGUUGUCCUCUGGCGAGACAUCCAACGGGUUUUCGAGAAUGCACAAUAUGCCAAGCAAGGUGAUUCUGUGGUCUCCUUCAUGAGUGACGACGCCUUUGAAGAAUUGUCACCACCCAGGAUCCUCUGUCGCCCUGGUAUUGUUCUCGACAUUGUGCUCAAGGACACUAUCGACGAGCCUCUCUCCAGACAACAAACUGAGCCCACCCCCCUGAUCUCACAGCAACUCACUGAAGCUGAUAGCGAUAACAACUCCCGAUCCGACUCAGACGACAAGACCGGUCUACAAACGACCCUUCGAUAUCUCCCUGAAUCCCUGGCCUCAAUCCGGGAUCUUUUGCAAACCCUUGUCGAUCGAACACAUGAGCAGGGGAAAGACCUAUUCCACGACAAAAUUGAGAUCAAGCCAAGGGUCGAUCCAAUGGACCUUCCGGAGGUCAGGAACCUCGUCUUCCAGUAUUUAGAUCGCAAGGAUUUUGUAAAAUGCGUGCGACUCAACAAGGCAUGGCACAGUUGGACGGCAUCCAUGAUCUGGGAGUCAACCGACAUAUGUGGCACUCGACGAUUAAACCCGUCCGUCUCAGCCCUUCAACACAAUGGCCAUCUAGUCAAAAGCUUUGAGAUCGUUGUCCGGAAUACUAAUACUGGGGACCACUCCACUGUGUACGCCGAGUACACCGAGUUGGAUUUUUUAAACCUCCAAAGGCUCACUAUGGAUUUCUUCGAUGCCUACGGGAAAUUAUUGGGUGACAUGAUCUACCGACACACGUAUUUGACGCAGCUGGCUUUGCGUUCCUUCGAGACGUACCGCUCUAAGGACUAUAUGUGGCAUUUGUGGGACGCGAUCGCCAGUUUACCCUACCUGAGCACGCUUAAGCUAGCGAACUUUAAGACCUUCAACCCUACCAUAACACUCCCAAGAUUACGAACACUGUCUCUAAUGUAUUUCCAAUAUGCCGGCAUGGAUGAGCUGCUGGGAUUCAUAUCUGGAUGCCCAGCCUUGGAGUACCUGACUUGGGGUCUGCACUCUAACUUUCGUUAUAUUGCUAAGAACUUUGUGCGGUUGGUCGAAGCCAACACCUGGCCUAAGUUGGAGGGAUUGAACUUGAGUGAGGUCGGCUAUGGUUUUUCGGACGCAGACAUUGCAUCCAUCUUGGAGGUCAUGCCGCAAGUGGUGUGCUUCAGCACGUCCAAUUCAACAUUCGGUUCAUUGUCCUUCCAGCGUCUCCGGCCUUACUUUUCAACCCUCAAGGAAGUCAAUUUAGAUGGGUGUGAACAAGUGACAAAAGCAAAGCUGUUGGAGAUCCUCUCAUCCUGCCCACAACUAUCCCAGAAAUGUCGUACACGCCUCACCGAGAUGACCAACGAUGGCCGCCAAUAA